CCCCGCGAUGAUUGUUGGUUUAUGUGUAAAAGUUGAAAAUGAAAUAUGGCGGCCAAAGCUGCAAUGAGCAUUGAAGUGCAAUACACAGAACUAUACAAAGCUUCACAUGUAGUUUUUCAUGGCUAUGUACUUCCUUUUCUAAUAUUAUACUUCUUUUUCUUUCCAACAUGGAUUUUUUAUUAUGGUAUAUUUGAAUAUUUUGAAAUUGGGUGUAUUAUAACAGCAGUGUUUGGUGUUCUGCAAGUUUUGGUUUGUUUAUCAUGUCACUGGUCAAUUCAUGCUCGUGCCAAGUUAACAUGUUCUCAGGUUGCAGAUAUUGCUGAUGCUGACACAGUCAAAGUUGUUCCUACACAAAAUAAUGGGUACCCCGAGUUGGUUAGAUUGGUUCAUUCAAUGGAUGAAAAAGGGAAUAAUGUCAUCUCAUUUACAUUUCAAAAAAUACGGUAUUUCUAUGAUGCUGAGGAAAAAAAGACCUUUAUUCCUGCAACCUAUCCAAUAAAUGAACAAUUCUCAUUCUACCAAAACAGCAAAGGCUUCCAAGAAGAGGAGGAAGUAAAGAUUAUUCAGAGAAAAUAUGGUUUGAACAAGAUUGAAAUGACUGUUCCAGAUUUCAUGGAAUUGUUCAAAGAACGUGCAACUGCUCCAUUUUUUGUUUUUCAAGUGUUUUGUGUUGGUUUAUGGUGCUUAGAUGAAUAUUGGUAUUACUCUUUGUUUACAUUAUUCAUGCUUGUCACUUUCGAAGCUACAUUAGUGCAUCAGCAACAAAGAAACAUGCGAGAGAUUCGAAAUAUGGGAAGUAAAUCUUAUCAAGUGCAGGUAUAUAGAUAUAGAAAAUGGAGACCUAUAAAUACAGAUGAUCUACUUCCUGGUGAUAUAUGCUCAAUAGUGAGGUCGAAAAGCGACAUAAUGAUUCCAUGUGAUAUGGUUCUUCUGAGAGGUAGUUGCAUUGUUGAUGAAUCUAUGCUUACCGGGGAAGCAGUUCCACAGAUGAAGGAACCGAUUGAAACUUCACCAGGGAACGAAGUAUUAGACCUGGAUGAGCACAGAAAACUUCAUAUACUGAGUGGAGGUACCAAAGUUGUAAAUCACACUCCUCCUGGCAAAACUACUGCUGGUUUAAAAUCACCUGACAAUGGUUGUGUUGCUUAUGUGCUAAAAACUGGAUUUUCUACAUCACAGGGAAAACUUCUAAAAACCAUUCUAUAUGGUGUGAAAAGAGUUACAGCCAACAAUAUGGAAACAUUUAUGUUUAUAAUGUUUUUGCUUGUCUUCGCUAUUGCUGCAUCAAGUUAUGUCUGGAUCAAAGGAUCUGCAGAUCCCACUCGCAAUCGUUAUAAAUUAUUUUUGGAAUGCACGCUCAUAUUAACUUCCGUGGUUCCACCUGAGUUGCCAAUCGAAUUAUCUCUAGCUGUUAACUCGUCACUAAUGGCUCUUACUAAACUAGGUGUAUUUUGCACAGAACCUUUUCGUAUACCAUUUGCUGGUAAAGUCGAUGUUUGCUGUUUUGAUAAGACAGGGACGUUGACAAGCGAUGACUUGGUUGUAGAAGGAGUUGCAGGGAUAAGUGGCAGUCAUAAAAUUCAAAAGAUCAGUGACAUGCCUGUGACAACGAUACGUGUGUUAGCAAGCUGUCAUUCUCUCACAUAUAUGGACGAUAACCUAGUUGGAGACCCAAUGGAAAAAGCAGCAUUAAAAGCCAUUGACUGGACACUCAGUAAAGGUGAUGUGUGUAUGGCGAAAAAGGGUAUGAGACAAUCUGUGAAAAUUUUACACAGAUUUCAUUUUACAAGUGCAUUAAAAAGAAUGUCUGUGGUUGCGUCCAUUCAUUCAGCAGAUACAUCAUCGACACAGCAUAUUGCUGCUGUCAAAGGCGCUCCAGAAACGUUAAGAAAAAUGUUCGUCGAAGUUCCUGAUUUUUACGACGACUUGCAAAAAGAACUUUCCUGCAAUGGUGGAAGAAUAAUGGCAAUGGGUCAUAAAGAUCUGGGCACGGAGUUGUCUCCAAGAGAGAUUCGUGACAUUUCACGUGAAGAAGCAGAAGCAGAUUUGAUAUUUGAUGGAUUCCUAGUUCUUUCUUGUCCUUUGAAACAAGAUUCGUUGGCGACAAUAGCUGAGAUUAAAAAUGCAUCACAUCAUACGGUGAUGAUCACGGGAGAUAAUCCACUGACGGCGUGUCAUGUUGCAAACUCGCUAAAAAUGAAUGAGAAAACGUUACUUAUUUUAUCAAAGGGAAUGACGCACAGCAACGGUUCUUUAGAAAGUCUAUCAAACGAACACUGGAGUUGGCGUACAGUGGAUGAUGAGUUCUCCUUUUCUGUUGAAGACGAUCCGAAAAGUCUUGCUAAGAAUUAUAAUUUCUGCUUGUCAGGUGACGGUCUUGCAUACAUGCAGUCUUCAGCAGAGUUGGAGAAAAUACUGAAAAAAGCACUCGUUCAUUGUCGUGUAUUUGCUCGUGUCGAUCCAAAACAAAAGGAGUGGAUUAUCCAUGAAUUUAAAGAACUUGGUUUCGUCGCGCUAAUGUGUGGCGAUGGGACGAAUGAUGUCGGUGCGUUGAAACACGCACACGUAGGAGUGGCGUUACUGCCAGGGACGGCCGAAAAAAUGGAGCCGCUCAAAGAAAAACGAAAAAAGAAGAAAGAGGCGGAUGCCGCUAGUACGGACCUAAAAACUAAAUUAUUUGGCGGCGGUAAAAAUAUGUCUAAGGCUGGCAAAAUGCGAGCGAUGACACGUGGAGAUGCUGCCGAAAAUGCUCGCAAUUCACUCGAGAAACAACAGGCUAAACUUCGAGAAAUGCUUGAUGAAAUUGAUAAAGAACAAGCACAAAUAGUCAAGCUUGGCGACGCAUCUAUAGCAUCUCCCUUUACGUCACGUUACUGUACACCUGCCUCAAUUUGUCAUGUGAUCAAACAAGGUCGAUGUACGUUGGUGACGACACUUCAAAUGUUUAAAAUAUUAGCACUGAACGCUUUGAUAUUAGCGUACAGUCAAAGUGUAUUGUAUCUAGAUGGAAUUAAAUUUAGCGAUGGGCAAGCAACAUUGCAAGGCAUUCUUUUGGCUGGUUGUUUUCUAUUUAUUUCUCGUUCAAAGCCACUUACCGUUCUUUCGAAAGAACGUCCACUUCCAAACAUAUUCAACAUGUACACAAUUCUUACAGUCUUAUCACAAUUCGCUGUCCACUUCACCUCACUUGUGUAUGUCGUCAACGAAGCAUACGUAAUACAACCCAAAGUAAUAAAAGUUGAUUUGGAGAAGAAAUUUGAACCAAGUUUGAUCAACAGUGUAGUAUAUAUUAUUUCAAUGUCGAUGCAAAUCUCCACCUUUGCUAUCAACUACAGGGGAAGACCAUUCAUGGAAAGCUUGACAGAAAAUCGCCCGUUGUUUUACAGCAUCGCUAUUUCUAUGGGCGCUUUGUUCACUCUUCUAAUGGGCUGGAUGCCAGAAGUAUCCACGCAGUUUGAAUUAGUAGAAUUUCCUAAAGAUUUUCAAAUGAUGUUUUGUCAAGUUGUCAUCGCUGACUUCAUCGGCUCUUGGUUGCUAGAUAGAAUUUUAAGAUUUUUAUUUGGAGAAGCAAAAUUAAAACAAUGUUAGUAAUUUUUUUUGAAGAGAAGAACGUUUUUAGGAUUCUAUGCUCAGGAAUAGAAAUAACGAGAGUGUUAAA